AUGAUUACACCAGAUAUGAGUGAAAAAAUCCAUGAUAUCAUGUUGGAUGAUCCCAAAAUGAAAUUGCGUAAACUAACUGCAGCUGUGAGCACCUCAUCUGAACGUGUGUUCAAUACCCUACACAAACAUUUGGGAUAUUACAUAAAUAUUACAACUGUACUCUUGGUUAGAACACGGAUCGAGCAGCGGACUAGGCGCCACAUUAUAAAUCUGCACGUUAGGUGUUCCGAGCUGGUUGAAGACUGGAUAGAAACCUUUAGAAUGACAAAAGAAACUUUUUUCUUUCUAGGCGAUGAAUUACGAGAACAGCUCGCUCCAAAUAUAAACCAGAUAGAAACCCAAGAACCAGUAUCGGUGGAAAAGCAGGUCGCUGUCUGCCUGUAUUUCUUAUCUAGCUGUGAAUAUCGCAUAGUUGGAAAUAAUUUUGGGAUUCAUAAGGCAACUGUAUGGAAGUGUAUUCAUAAAGUAAUUGAUGCAAUUAAUGCAGAACUAAUGAGUUCUUGCAUAACUAUGCCUGACAAGAAUGAGUGCCAUAAAAUAGCUACGGUUUUUGAGAAGAAAACGCAUAUUCCACAAUUAAUUGGAGCAAUUGAUGGAACGCAUGUUCCCAUUCUUCCUCCUAGCGAUGGAUAUAGAGAUUACAUAAAUCGAAAAGGAUGGCCCUCUAUAAUAUUGCAAGCGGUUGUAGAUCACAAUUAUAGAUUUCGUAAUAUUUACUGUGGUACACCUGGAUCAUGUCAUGAUGCUGCAGUUUUUCAGACUUCACAAUUGUACAAGAACUAUAAUUUAUUAAUUCCCGAAGAAACAAAAACAGUAUUAAAUGUGUCAGUGCCUUAUCUUAUAAUAGGAGAUCCUGCUUAUCCACUACUGGAAUGGCUCAUCAAAGGAUACACUAAAAGUGCUCGUCUCACUCCUGAGGAAGAAUCUUUCAAUGUAUAUCUUAAUUCUGCUCGCGUAUGUGUAGAAAUAGCUUUUGGAAGGCUGAAAGCUCGCUGGCGACGAUUACUUAAACGAAUUGACGUAUACUAUACUUACGUACCACACAUAGUAUCAGCCGCCUGUAUUUUACACAACAUAGUCGAGACGUGAAAAGAAACAUUUUCAUCUGCAUGGGAACAUGUAGUAACAGAAUCACAAGCCGAAAUGCAGCAGCCAGAACAAACAAGAAUUCGAAACUUGGAUAACUUUGUUGCUAGUCAGAUAAGGGAUACUCUGAAAAAUUAUUUGGCUGAAAAUUUUGAGCUCCGAAGAACAUUUGUAAACUAAUAAAAAGUAAUAUGAUAAUAUUUGUAUUUUUCACAAGUUAAAUUUUCAUGAUUUUAUAGCGCAAAGUAUAGUAUAAUAAAAUAAUUUUAAAAUUUGUAUAAUAUUACUCAUACGUG